AUCUACAAUCUGUCAGUGUCUCAUAGCAGCUGUUGUGUUUGUUGAUGAAAUCCUAACCAAAAAAAAUAGUUUAACUAUUUUAUCCUGAAAUAAUUUAAAACAUUUACAAUGUUUAGUAGUUGUAACUAUAGUAGACUAAAACAUAUUUUUAAGUUCAAGGAGCUGUAUAAGCAAUACAGCGUGAUAGCUGCAGUUUUGGAUAAACCUAACGUCGGUAACGUUACCGAAAUAAAGGGUUGGGUGAAAAACCUGCGGAAGCAGAAAGAUCUUAUUUUUGCCGACGUAAGUGAUGGAUCUUGCGCACAGAAACUGCAGAUAGUAAUUCCCAAAAACGUCGCAGCAGAGUCAUUAACGUAUGGUUCUUCAGUCCACAUCACUGGUAAACUAUCCAAAAGCCCGAGAGGACAGCUGGAACUUGUUGCUGAUAAUGUAAAUGUCCUGGGCACAUGUGUAGUCUUAGACGGCUAUCCUUUCAACCCAAGAACGACGCAUCCCCCAGAGUAUACACGACAAUACCUGCAUUUACGUCCCAGAACUAACUAUAUCUCGGCUAUUUUACGCACACGAAGUGCUGUCACAAAGCACAUUUAUGAUUACUUUGCUUUAAAAAAAUAUACAAACAUUCACACACCUAUUCUGACUUCAAAUGACUGUGAGGGUGCUGGGGAAGUGUUUAAAAUACAACCAGAUAAUGAGGAGACAGUGAAAGCCAUGAUGCAAGAAGGGAGAGAUAGAGACUCUGUGUACUUUGGCAGUAAAACAUUCCUAACAGUAUCAGGACAGUUGCAUUUAGAAGCUGCGUGUAGAGGCAUGGGCAAUGUCUACACUUUUGGCCCAACUUUCAGAGCAGAGAACUCUAGAUCUAGACUUCAUUUAUCAGAAUUCUACAUGCUAGAAGCUGAGCUGGCAUUCUGUGAAACUCUGGAACAACUACAAGGUGCCAUAGAAGACUUACUAAAGUAUGUUUUCAUUGAGACUCGGAACACCAAUGAGGCAGAUUUAUUUUUAAUUGAUAAAACAAACAAAGCUCCCACUUGGGUAAAUAAAGAAUUUGUCACACUAACCUAUGAUGAGGCUAGACAGAUAUUAGAGAAGAAAGGCUUGGUACUCACAGAGGAAGGUAUAAAUAAGGAGCAGGAGUUAACACUGGUUGAGCACUGCAAUGGUGUUCCAGUGUUUGUGCUCAAGUGGCCCAAAGAUAUGAAGUCAUUUUAUAUGAAGGAAUGUUCUGAAGAUAGCACAAAGGUAGAUGCUCUAGAUCUACUAACACCGAUCACAGGCGAAGUCGUCGGCGGAAGUCUAAGAGAAGACAACUACGAGAAGCUGAAGUCCAAAUUGCCUUCAGAAAGAUUAAACUGGUAUUUAGAACUGAGGAAAUUCGGCAAUAUACCUACUGGCGGUUAUGGGUUAGGCUUGGAGAGAUUAUUGCAAGUUAUAUGCAAUGUUAACAAUAUUAAAGACACCUUGCCAUUUCCUAGGUGGCCGCAUAAUUGUGAUAUGUAAGGCUAUCAUUAAUUUAAUAACUGUGGAAGAGUAGCCUGAUCAUGUAAUUAUGUGCAAGUGUAAACAUUUUCAUGUAAUCUAUAGCAAUUUCUUUGUUGUAUUUUAGAUUUUAAGUGUAAAUUAUGUAGAUAUGGUUUAAUAAAAGUUUCAAAAUUGUA